AUGCUUGGGUGGUCUCACUUUGGCUCUCUUUCACACACACACACACACACACACACCUUGACCGUUGCUCUACCCCACGCCAGCACCCACUCUCUCGGUGUCGGUGCCGCGAACGGGACCACCUCUCCAGAGCUCUUGUGCCAGGGGACCGGCCCCCUGCGCUUCGGCGGUCCACACCUAAUUCCUCACCGAGCUCACCAUGGCGUCGUCUUGUUCCCCGUCCGUCGUCUACAAUGUAGUUGGGGACCACCGGGGGUGGGCGGCAAUGGCACGCGAAAGAUGGUCGAUGGCCCACACGAGGCAGUGAACAACACGUUUGAGUACCGUACAGCUCAGUGCCAGCUCGAGAGCCUUGAGAUGCCCGAUGUCACCACAACUGUCACUUCUCAACAAAGCCGUUCCGCCUCCCCCAACCGUACGGCGCCCGAUCACAGCACGCCAUAUCCUCACCGGCCAGUUCCCUCCUUACGUCUUCAACCUGCUGAUGCUGCUGCUGAUGCUGCUGCUGCUGCUGAUCUGCCAGUGUACAACUGCUACCCCUGUCCGCCAAUGCGACCCUAA